AUGUUACAAUGGACAGUACUGAAGCUUCCAGAGGCUGAGCGGAAAGUUCACUAUUCACAGCGUACCAUGACAGAUUUGAGAAAUCCCUUUAAUGAAGAUGAUCUCUCCAGCCAGUCAUCUGGAUCAUCAUCAACUACAUCACAAACAUUCAGCCUAGACGAGACUAAAAACAAAAAAUCACCAGAUUGUAAAUAUCCAACAAUCAGUCCAAGAAAUAUGCUGCGAAAACUGGAAAUAGCUGAGAAAAAUGUACAAACGAAAUGUUCUACCGAACCUAAAGAAAAAGACAUUAAAAAGCCAGAGGAAGAGGACAACAACAGAAAUGUAUAUGUGGUUUCCAAUGAGUUUGUAGAGGUAUUGUCUAAAGCCACAGCAAACACAGAAGAUUCAGACUCUCUUGGUUUAGAAUUACAGGAAAUAAUUGACUCUCCACCUGCAGAGAAAACAAACAAACUGAAAAGUAAACUGAAAGAGUUAGAAAAUGUUACACUUAACAUUGCUAUAACAGGGAUGACAGGAGCAGGGAAGUCUUCCUUUGUCAAUGCCCUCAGAGGCCUUUCUAAUGAUGAUAAAGACGCAGCUCCCACAGGAACAACUGAGACUACCAUGAAGCCCAACAUGUAUCUGCAUCCCUCCAUGCCAAAUGUGAAGAUAUGGGACCUGCCUGGAAUUGGUAGUCCCAAAUUUAAAGCAAAGAAGUACCUGAAAGAUGUCAAUUUCCACACGUAUGAUUUCUUUCUCAUAGUGACCUCUGAAAGAUUUAAGGAGAACGACAUCGAGCUGGCCAGAGCGAUCAUGAAGAGCAAGAAGCUAUUUUAUUUCAUUCGCACUAAAAUUGAUAACGACAUUCGUGCUGAAUCACACAAAAGAAACUUUGAUGAGCGGAUGUUGCUCGAAAACAUUCGAGAGGAUUGUAAGGUAAACCUAUUGAGAGUCGGAAUACCCCAAAUAUUCCUAGUAUCUUCAUUUAAUUUGGAAAAAUAUGACUUUCAGAAGCUCAUCAACACCCUCGAAGAUGAACUUCCAGAGAACAAGAAAUUUGCUCUCAUUCAGUCUCUUCCCGUUUAUUUUCUAGAGGCCCUCACAAAGAAGAAAACAUACUACAAGAAAUUGAUUUGGCUAAAUGCAUUUGCAGCCGGGGUUGGGGCGAUAGCUCCCAUCCCAGAAUUGUCACUGGCCUGUGAUUAUGGCAUCAUGAAGAAGUUUUUUCAGCAAGUCUAUACAGGCUACGGCUUAUCACAUCAGGCUCUAGAGGCACUAUCAGACCGAGUGAACAAACCGGUGGAGAAGCUAAACGAUGCUAAGACAUCACGCUUCAAAGAGGGGGUCACUGAGGAUAUUGUGAUUGAAAUGCUGUCUACACCAAUGAUUGCUAUAGCUAAGACGCUGGGGACCAUAAUAUCUCUGCUGCCAGGAGGAGCUCUACCAGCAGGAGGAACAGCCGUCGCUUCUGUGCACUACCUGCUUAACAUGGGACUCAGUGAGAUGACAGAAGACACCAAAUGUGUUCUUUCUGUGUCACAGCUUGCUUAA